AUGACACCCAGAGGCUGCGGUACAGAGAAGCAUAAUCAUUACAACAAUUAAUAUCUUUAAAAAAUAAAAAUUUAAAAUGUCUGAGCUUCAUGAGUCUCACCCGACAGCAGGUUGGCGUCUGAAACUGAACAUUUUAAUAUACGGUAGGCAUAAGCUAUUCCUGUAAAGAAAUACAGUAUGUUAAAGUAAUUUUUACAGGAGGCUUUCAAUUACAGUUAAUAACAGUAUUUCUCAGCAUUUUACCCAUAAUGCAGUGCAAUAUACAGCAUAAAUUCUGUAAAACACAUUUAAGAUAUUUUACAGUGCAUUCCACAGUGUUUUACUGUUGAAAUUACCGAAAAGUCUUACAGUGUAGGAUAAUAUUAAUGUUCUCCAUGAUCCACUUGACAGUGGGGGCCUUGCUCCUCUCUGUCAGUAUUUUCCAAUAGGCCUUGUGUUCUCUCAUGGUUUCUGAGACAAUGAGGUGGUGUUUUCAUGUUCUCCACUUAUCUCUUAAUAUUACUGUAUAUUAUAUUAAUGUUCUCUGUUCUACCCCCUCUUCAGCUAAGCCCUUCAGUAUGAUCGAGAGGUGCUGGUGUCGUUCUACAGUUAACACCGUCCCCCAGCGCAACAUCAGAGAACUGAAGUUCCUACACACACCCAACUGCCCCUUCCAAGUGAUGUGAGUACCUCGCCAACACACACAUGCACAGGUUAUAGGCAAGAUCAUGCGCUAAAAGGGGUGAUAGGUCUCUCCUUCUGGUCGGACAUUUCACACCAUCAAUCUCAUGGAGCUGACGGCCAGUGAAAGGAGCUCCUGAGGCGCACACACACACACCCUCUCUCGCGCUCUCUCGCGCUCUCUCGCUCUCUCUCUCUCUCUCUCUCUCUCUCUCUCUCUCUCUCUCUCUCUCUCUCUCUCUCUCUCUCUCUCUCUCUCUCUCUCUCUCUCUCUCUCUCUCUCUCUCUCUCAUACACAUACACAUACACAUACACAUACACAUACACAUACACAUACACAUACACAUACACAAAUACACACACACACACACACACACACAGGUUACAGGCAAGCUCAUGCACACACACUCCCAAGAUCUCCUGGCUCUAAAAGGGGUGACAGGUCGAUCCUUCUGGUCAGACAUUUCACACCAUCAAUCCCAUGGAGCUGACGGCCAGUGAAAGGAGCUCCUGAGGCGCACACACAAACACACAAACACACUGCUGAUGCCCUUCUCAUUGUCCAUUCUGUAAGCCAUGCACACAUAAUUAGACACAUCCAUAGGAAGUGUAUCGUGAAAAAGAGUGUGCGUGAGGGGGUUGGGAAUUGGAUAAAGUUUUAUUUUCAACAGGAAAACAUUAAUAGCAGCUCUAAAUAAUUGGCCUGUUUUCUCAUACACUGUGGCUUUCAUCUAACUCCUAACUCAUAGGGUCUGAUACUGCUCAACAUUAUGAGAUUGUUGUGUGUGUGUGUGUGUGGAGAGAGGUGGGGUGUGUAUGUUAAGCAAUAAUAGAUGAGAGCUUGGCAUGCUUCAUUGUGAUUUUAGCACAGCUGUGAUAUGGUCAUCGGUACAAGGUGCUAACAUACACUGUAUACUAACAGGCUAAACAUGUUAUGUUUAUAACGUGUACUACACACUUCAAGCACUGACCCCCACAUAGAGACAUGUGAUCUAACCCAUACCCCGUCUGCAAAUAGGUUACAGUUAUUCUGGACUAAGCCAAUAGCCACACAGGUUAUUCUGGACAUAUCCAAUAGCUACAUGGUUGGGGUUAUUCCGUCAAAAGGCAAGAUGGGAUGGAUCAUGGAUCCCUCUACUUACCAAUCUUCAACUGUCUAUCAUUAAAACCAAUACAGCUAAAUGCUUAAAACUCUCCAGGAAUUCCAAUCUGUAACACUUGUAAAUCUCCACUUCUCUAAUGUGUGUAUCUGCAGAUAAUUUGGCUACAUCUGAAACAUAUCUCCUCCAAGGGGACUAUUUAACAUGCCAGCAGCAUACCACCCUGCAUCCAACUGCUGGCUUGCCACUGAAGCUAAGCCUGGUUGGUCCCUGGAUGGGAGACCAGAUGCUGCUAGAAGUGGUGUUGGAGGGCCAGUAGGAGGCACUCUUACCUCUGGUGUAAAAACAUAUCCCAAUGCCCCAGGGCUGUGAUUGGGGACAUUGCCCUUUGUAGGGUGUCAUCUUUCGGAAGGGACGUUAAACGGGUGUCCUGACUCUCUGUGGUCACUAAAAUAUCCCAUGGCACUUAUUAUAAGAGUAGGGGUGUUAACCCUGGUGUCCUGGCUAAAUUCCCAAUCUGGCCCUCAUACCAUCAUUGCCACCUAAUCAUCCCCAGCUUCCAAUUUGCUCAUUCACCCCCCCCCCCCCCCCCCUCCUCUCCCCUGUAACUAUUCCCUGGGUCAUUACUGUAAAUGAGAAUGUGUUCUCAGUCAACUGACCUGGUAGAAAAUAGAAACUGGGCUAGGGAUGAGGAAUUAACUAGUUGAUAGCUUCAUGAGUGACAGACAGAAGUGACUGGAUCUCUUAAUUCAAGCAGCCAAAUGCACAGUUGACAAGCUAGUGGUCAUUUAAUCUGCUAGCCUAGGACAGAUAUUAAGGUGAUAACAGUAUGAUUAUAGUGGGUGAGGAUAGCGGUUGGUGGCACAUAUAACAAGAAGGGGUGAUGCCAGAGCAGCGCGGCUUAAGCCCGUAAAGAUAUGGAGACAAUGUAGAGUUCAGGAAAGUGAUGUAACGCUAACUUUUAUUGACUAAGGCUGUGACUGUAAAUGGAGUUAGAGAAUAUUGUCGAAUUUUAGAGCGACAUCCCUCCAGCGCAGCCUUAGUGAGCUGCCUGAGUGAGAUAUUGUCCAGAGAGUUUCUCCUGUGUUGUUACUAGAGGAGAACUCCAACUCUGAAUGGGGCUCAGAUGCUCAAGGGUUGGUUUAAGAGAUAAGCACCUAUAGAUGUUCGAUAUCAACUCAAAGUUAAUUGAUCAUGUGCACAGGAUAAACGGCACAGUGAAAUGCUUACUUGAAAGCUCUCCUCAACAGUGCAUAUACACAGCUUUCCAUAUCACUGCACAUAAAUGAUGAUAGAAUGGAGGUGAAAAUUAGGCAGUCUGUGCUGGAAUGGAACAGGGCACCAGAAACUAUCAAUCUCAUCCCUUUCUUCUUUCUCAAUUAAUCUUAUCCCUCUCUUUUCUCUCUUUGUAGUGCCAAGCUGAAGAACCACAAGGAGGUGUGUAUCAACCCCGAGACCAAGUGGCUGCAGCAGUACCUGAAGAAUGCCCUCAACAAGUAAGGGACCCUUUAAGAUAACCUACAACCUAAAACGCAUUCAUGUCUACACAGAAACAUGGUAUCUGAGAGUAACAGAAAAUGACAUUCUCCUCAGAAAAAUACAUUCUCCUCAGAAAAUGACAUUCUCCUCAGAAAAUGACAUUUUCCUCAGAAAAAUACAAUCUCCUCAGAAAAUGACAUUCUCCUCAGAAAAUGACGUUCUCUCUAUGCUCCACUUCAUCAGGACAGUAGUAAAGUAGUACAUUCUCAGGGCCGAAUCGGAUCUUGAUCUGCAUGCGUGCGUAACUUUUAAUGCACGCCUGCCAAUGACAUUCAUAGACCUACAUGAUUUAGGGGAAAGCCAAGGUUAUGCGUGCAGAAAUGAAAGGAUAAGGAUUGGGCUCUAAGCCUGGAUUGCUCUACAGAAAAAGUUUAAUUUAAAUCAGAUGGACUGGUCAUAUUCAGGAUAGCCUGAACACAGAUGUAACAUCACAUUUAUGGGUAGCACUUUAGUUUACAGUGCUGAAAUAAGAGGAUAACGUCCGGAAAGUACCAGGAAACAACAGCGAAAUAAGAGGGAAGCAACCAGGUAAGAACGCGGUAAUUAAUCAUUAAUAGUUUGUUUGUAGCUGCAAAGUAUUGAUAUACAUUUUAUUUGUCACAUGCGCCGAACACAACAGGUGUAGACCUUACCGUGAAAUGCUUACUUGCUAACAAUGCAGUUAAGAAAAUAUUUACUAAAUAAACUAAAGUAAAAAUAAAAAAUAAAAAUAAAAAGUAACACAAUAAAUAACAAUAAUGAGGCUAUAUACAGGGGGUACCGGUACCGAGUCAAUGUGCGGGGGUACAGGUUAGUCGAGGUAAUUGAGGUAAUAUCUACAUGUACAGUGCAUUAAGGCCUGAUUGGUGGAGUGCUGCAGAGAUGGUUGGUCCUUCUGGAAGUUUCUCCCAACUCCACAGAGGAAUUCUGGAGCUCUGUCAGAGUGACCAUCGGGCCCUACUCCCCCGAUUGCUCAGUUUGGCCGGGCGGCCAGCUCUAGGAAGAUACUUGGUGGUUCCAAACUUCUUACAUUUAAGAAUGAUGGAGGCCACUGUGUUCUUGGGGACCUUCAAUGCUGCAGACAUUUUUUGGUACCCUUCUCAGAUCUGUGCCUCGACACAAUCUUGUCACUGCGCUCUACGGACAAUUCCUUCGACCUCAUGGCUUGGUUUUUGCUCUGACAUGCACUGUCAACUGUGGGACCUUACAUAGACAGAUGUGUGCCUUUCCAAAUCAUGUCCAAUCAAUUGAAUUUACCACAGGUGGACUCCAAUCAAGUUGUAGAAACAUCUCAAGGAUGAUCAAUGGAAACAGGAUGCACCUGAGCUCAAAUUCGAGUCUCAUAGCAAAGGGUCUGAAUAUUUUGUAAAUACGGUAAAAAAAAAAUUUUUUUUAGACAUUUUCCUAAAUUUAUAAAAACCUGUUUUCGCUUUGUCAAUAUGGGGUAUUGUGUGUAGAUUGAUGAGGAAAAAUCAAUUUUAGAAUAAGGCUGUAAUGUAACAAAAUGUAGAAAAAGUCAAGGGGUCUGAAUACUUUCCGAAUGCACUGCAGGUACGGGGAAAGUCACUAUGCAUAGAUAAUAAACAGUGAGUAGCAGCAGCGUAAGAAAAUGCAAAUAGUCCGGGUAGCCAUGUGAUUAACUGUUCAGCAGUCUUAUGGCUUAGGGGUAGAAGCUGUUAAGGAGCCGUUUGGAACUAGACUUGGCGCUUCGGUACCGCUUGCCAUGCGGUAGCAGAGAGAACAGUCUAUGACUAGGGUGGCUGGAGUCUUUGACAAUUUUUAGGGCCUUCUUCUGACACCGCCUGGUAUAGAGGUCCUGGAUGGCAGGAAGCUUGGCCCCAGUGAUGUACUGGGCCAUACGCACUACCCUCUGUAGCGCCUUGCGGUCAGAUAACGAGCAGUUUCCAUACCAGGCGGUGAUGCAACCAGUCAAGAUGCUCUCGAUAGUGCAGCUGCAGAACGUUUUGAGGAUCUGAGGACCCAUGCCAAAUCUUUUUAGUCUCCUGAAGGGGAAUAGGCAUUGUCGUGCCCUCUUCACGACUGUCUUGGUGUGUUUAGACCAUGAUAGUUUGUUGGUGAUGUGGACACCAAGGAACCUGAAGCUCUCGACCUGCUCCACUACAGCCCCGUCGAUGAGAAUGGGGGCGUGCUCGGCCCUCCUUUUCCUGUAGUCCAUGAUCAGGUCCUUUGUCUUGAUCACGUUUAGGGAGAGGUUGUUGUCCUGGCAGCACACUUCCAUAUUUCUGACCUCCUCGCUAUAGGCUGUCUCAUAGUUGUCGGUGAUCAGGCUUACCACCGUUGUGUUGUCGGCAAACGUAAUAAUGGGUUGUGCUUGGCCACGUCGUGCUUGACCAUGCAGUCGUGGGUAAACAGGGAGUACAGGAGGGUACUAAGCAUGCACCCAUGAGGGGCCCCCGUGUUGAGGAUCAGUGUGGCAGAUGUCUUGUUGCCUACCCUUACCACCUGGGAGCGGCCCGUCAGGAAGUCCAGGAUCCAGUUGCAGAGUGAGCUGUUUAGUCCCAGGGUCCUUAGCUUAGUGAUGAGCUUUGAGGGCACUAUGGUGUUGAACGCUGAGCUGUAGUCAAUGAACAGCAUUCUCACUUAGCUGUUCCUUUUGUCCAGGUGGGAAAGGGCAGUGUGGAGUGCAAUAGAGAUUGCGUCAUCUGUGGAUCUGUUAGGGCGGUAUGCGAAUUGGAGUUGGUCUAGGAUUUCUAGGAUGAUGGUGUUGAUGGGAGCCAUGAUCAGCCUUUCAAAGCACUUCAUGGCUACCGACGUAAGUGCUACGUGGCGGUAAUCAUUUAGGCAGGUUACCUUGGCGUUCUUGGGCACAGGGACUAUGGUUGUCUGCUUGAAACAUGUAGGUAUUACAGACUCGGUCAGGGACAGUUUGAAAAUGUCAGUGAAGACACUUGCCAGUUGGUCAACACAUGCUCUUAGUACACGUCCUGGUAGUCCGAAUGUUGACCUGUUUAAAGGUCUUACUCACAUCGGCUACGGAGAGCGUGAUCACACAGUAGUUCGGAACAGCUGUUGCGCUCAUGCAUGCUUCAAUGUUGCUUGCCUCGAAGCGCGCAUAGAUGUAAUUUAGCUCGUCUGGUAGGUUCGUGUCACUGGGCAGCUCACGGCUGGGCUUCCUUUUGUAGUCCGUAAUAGUUUGCAAGCCCUGCCACAUAUAGAUGAAAACUCUCUUGGUAAAUAGUGGGGUCUACAGCUUAUCAUGAGGUACUCUACCUCAGGCGAGCAAAACCUCAAGACUUCUUUAAUAUUAGAUUUCGCUCACUACUGUUAUUGUCAAAUAGACACAGACGACCACCCCUCGUCUUACCGGAGGUAGCUGUUCUGUCUUGUCGAUGCACGGAAAACCCAGCCAACUGUGUAUUAUCCAUGUCGUCGUUCAGCCACGACUCGGUUUAAAAUAUAAGAUAUUACAGUUUUUAAUGUCCCGUUGGUAGGAUAGUCUCAAACUGAGCUCAUCCAGUAUAUUCUUCAAUGAUUGCACUUUGGCCAAUAGGACGGAUGGUAGAGGCGGGUUACCCGUUCACGGACAAAAUCGCUCAAGGCACCCGGAUCUGCGUCCCCUGUAUCGCGUCUCCUCUUCAUGCGAAUGACUGGGAUUUGGGCCUGGUCCGGGAGCAGCAGUAAAUCCUUCACGUCCGACUCGUUAAAGAAAAGAUCUUUGUCCAGUUCGAGGUGAGUAAUCGCUGUUCUGAUAUCCCAAAGCUCUUUUCGGUCAUAAGAGACAGAGGCAGAAACAUUAUGUACAAAAUAAGUUACAAACAACGCGAAAAAACACAAAAUAGCACAAAUGGUUAGGAACCCGUAAAACGGCAGCCAUCCCCUCUGCGCCAUUCUGGUUAUGUAGGAACAACUAUUAAUAAAGAAGAACUAUCAAUAAUAGAGGCUAUACUUAUUAAGAAUUACUUGGAACUUUCACUUUUGGGUCUUUGCUUGUUGCUGGGUAGUUGCCAUCUUGUUUCCAUCUUGUUUCCGAUUACUUUCAUGUCGUUACCCAGUUAUUUCAUCACUGUGCUUAAAUAAAUAUGAUGUACCUUACAUGUUACUUCAUGUGUAGUUUCACCAUAUUUUCAGUGUACCUACGGGACAUAGACACUGUAUUCUAAAGCAAUGCUCUGUUCCCCUGUUACUGUGUAAAUUACUAUAACUAUAAUUACUACUUUCACCAUAGUUUCUGUGUACCUAAUGGGGCCUUUACACUGUAUUCUAAAGCAGUGCUCUGUUCCAAUGUUACCGUGUAAAUUACUAUGACUUUGACCAUAGUUUGUGUACCUUACUGUUACUUUCUGUAUAGUUUCUGCAUAGUUUCAGUGUACCUACGGGGUCUUGAAACUGCAUUCUAAAGCAAUGCUCUGUUCCCCUGUUCCUGUGUAAAUGACGGUUACUUUCACCUUACUGUUACUUUCUUUAGAUUUCCACAGAUAGAUUAACACCACAAUCACUAUUAAUUAAGCUACUUUCAUAAAUGGAACAGCAUACAGUUGAUUAUUUCCAUGACUUGCUAAUAGUUUCUACAUAGCACAAGAAACAUAAAUAAAAGACUCUGUUAGUAUGGGUGCAAGUAAGUAGCCUGAUGAUGGCUUCAGUUGACAGCUACUGGACAGUCCCAUUACAGCCGAAGCAAUCCACACAUUGAUAUCCACAUUGGUUUGCAUCAAUACUAUGAGGCCCAGACAUGGGGCCUGUGUAUUAUUUAGCUAUAGUUGACUGUACUGUAGCUAGCUAGCUGACGUUAGCCGGUAAAGAUGGCCGUCGAUCCUGGUGACUCGCGAAUGGAAGGUGCUUGUCCAACCAACAAUUGCUUUGCUGGCAAGACUCGGCUUGGUAGCUAGUCCUCGUCAGUCUUUACGCAACCCAGCGAUAUUCCUCCAUGCACAUGUAGCCGGUGUGCUGCGCCUAUGUGUGAUGUCGUGUGUGUUGCGUUCUGGCGAUUGUAAAAAGAGUCAUGCUGAGGGUUGGCUUUAUUCUCGGAUCAGGCAAAAGGAAAAGGGACAUCAGGGCUAGACGUCAUCAAUACUGUACAUAGCGGUGCCUCCCCUCUUGUUCAGUUAAUAACAGCACUCUUUCUACAUUCUCAGUGUAGGCUUGAAUAAAUAACAUACAAUAAUGACAGACAUUAAAAUAUACCUUUAAAGUAUACAUUAGAAUAGAUUAGGGCACCAAUGUUGAAUAGUGCUGAGCGAUUAACGACAUUUCGGUAAUUUUUCAGUUUUUAAACAACUAAUUGACUGACGUCGAUUCAAUUAUUUGAAUUGCAUUUCUUUCUUUUUUUCAGUGAGCUCAAUGCCCAGUUUCUCUAGAGAUAAAUCAGAUCAAGCCCGAACUGUGCGAUGUAGUAGUGAGUUGUAGUUUUCAACAAGCCAAUAUUCUACAUGGUUCAACGCAGAAAACGUGGCAAUUGACUACAAUGACCAUAAUCCAUUGCGCGCCUACUUGUCCUGUCUAUGUGGGGCAGACAGAGAGAGAGAGAAGAGACAGGAGAACACUCUAUCGAGAGGGAUAGAGAGCAGUUGCUUUGCGAGGUAUCUUUACCUGAAAAUACAUGAUCUGUGAUUGAUAGUUGGUAUUCAGCAGUCAUAAAAGUAUGCCUUAUUUACUUUGAAGAACUACUAAAAUAGUGAUUUUGUCAGACAGCAUAGGCAGCAGCUCUGUAGAGAGGAUAUGAUGACUUGGAAUGAAAUAAUAAAGUCAUCAAAUAAAACAAAUGUAAUAAACUAUUAAAGUAAUUAAUGUGAAUAAAUUAUGGUUAAUAAAUGAUAAGCAGGAAUGGGCAGUCACUACCAUCAUGGGACUUUUAUUAUUUGUUUUAUUCUGUGUUGUUACAGCAUUCAACCCAAAUAAUGUCUAGGUCAUUUAAUAUAAAAAAAUAUAAUCAAAACAUAGACUACCAGUUAAAAGUUUGGACACACCUACUCAUUCAAGGGUUUUUCUUAAUUUUUUACUAUUUUCUACAUUGUAGAAUAAUAGUGAAGACAUCAAAACUAUGAAAUAACACAUAUGGAAUCAUGUAGUAACCAAAAAAGUGUUAAACAAAUCUAAAUAUAUUUUAUAUAUGAGAUUCAAAUAGCCACCCUUUGCCUUGAUGACAGCUGUGCACACUCUUGGCAUUCUCUCAACCAGCGUCAUGAGGUAGUCACCUGGAAUGCAUUUCAAUUAACAGGUGUGCUGUUACAGGAGGGGGUUGCAGUUCCGGAGCGACCCACUAGGUGUCAUCCUCCGACAACCUUAGGCACCUCCUCACUCACAGUCUGGACUAAUCAUGAUCCUAUUGGUGUCACCUGUGUCUACCUGUUCACCUGUGUAUUUAUGCCCUCACGUCCCUGUGUUCCCUUGCUCAGUUUUCUCUGCUAGUUUCACUAUGCCUAGCAGUACUAAUCAGUGUCUGAUCGCGGGACGUAUGGACAGGUACGUGAGAAGUGUUCUCCCUGUUUAUUAAUUAUUUCAGUCACAGUUAGUAAUUCAUAUUUUGGCUGUCAGCCUGUUUUUUGGAGUCUUAUUUGCUCCGCCUUUCUUUUUAGUGUAAAGUCCGUUGUUUUGUAUCCUGGUUUUGGGACCACCAGUAAAGAUCCUUGUUUCGCCAUCUCUGCCUACUGCCUACUGUCUAACCUGCACCGCACCUGGGUCACACCUCACACCAACCCUUACAGUGUGCCUUCUUAAAAGUUAAUUUGUGAAAUUUCUUUCCUUCUUAAUGCGUUUGAGCCAAUCAGUUAUGUUGUGACAAGAAGAUAGCCCUAUUUGGUAGACAAGUCCAUAUUAUGGAAAGAACAGCUCAAAUAAGCAAAGAGAAACGACAGUCCAUCAUUACUUUAAGACAUGAAGGUCAGUCAAUAUGGAACAUUUCAAGAACUUUGAAAGUUUCUUCAAGUGCAGUCGCAAAAACCAUCAAGCGCUAUGAUGAAACUGGCUCUCAUGAGGACCGCCACAGGAAAGGAAGACCCAGAGUUACCUCUGCUGCAGAGGGUACGUUAAUUAGUUACCAACCUCAGAAAUUGCAGCCCAAAUAAAUGCUUCACAGAGUUCAAGUCACAGACACAUCUCAACAUCAACUGUUCAGAGGGGACUGUGUGAAUCAGGCCUUAAUGGUUGAAUUCCUGCAAAGAAACCACUACUAAAGGACACCAAUAAGAAGAAGAGACCUGCUUGGGUCAAGAAACACGAGCAAUGGACAUUAGAAAUGUGUCCUUUGGUCUGGAGUCCAAAUUUGAGAUUUUUGGUUCCAACCGGCGUGUCUUUUUGAGACGCGGUGUGGGUGAUCGGAUGAUCUCUGCAUGUGUAGUUCCCACCAUAAAGCAUGGAGAAGGAGGUAUUAUGGUGUGGGGGUGCUUUCCUGGUGACACUGUCUGUGAUUUAUUUAGAAUUCAAGGCACACUUAACCAGCAUAGCUACCACAACAUUCUGCAGCGAUACGCCAUCCCAUCUGGUUUGGGCUUAGUGGGACUAUCAUUUGUUUUUUAACAGGACAAUGACCCAACACACCUCCAGGCUGUUUAAGGGCUAUUUUACCAAGAAGGAGAGUGAUGGAGUGCUGCAUCAGAUGACCUGGCCUCCACAAUCCCCCGACCUCAACACAAUUGAGAUGGUUUGGGAUGAGUCGGACGGCAGAGUGAAGGAAAAGCAGCCAACAAGUGCUCAGCAAAUGUGGGAACACCUUCAAGACUGUUGGAAAAGCAUUCCAGGUGAAGCUUAUUGAGAGAAUGCCAAGAGUGUGAAAAGCUGUCAUCAAGGCAAAGGGUGGCUAUUUGAAGAAUCUCAAAUAUAAAAUCUAUUUUAAUUUGUUUAACACUUUUUUGGUUACUUUAUGAUUCCAAAUGUGUUAUUUCAUAGUUUUGAAAUGUGUUAGCCAGGUGCUAAACUUAGCUUGCUAGCAAGUUAGCUUCGUCAUGUUAAGGACAGAUAAAAAUUUACUGGGGGAGGGGUGGUCCAAAAUAGGCAAGGGUUGUCAAACAUUUUUUUUGCUUUGGGGAGGGUUGUGUGGUUUUUUGGGGGGCACAAGGGAGGGUAGUGUGUUUUUUCCCUGGUUUACAUACUCUCUUCAUCUCGUAUUUUCCCUAUAAACAAUGGCUUACUUUUGAUAUUACCCUAAUAAAGUUUAGAAAUGUUUGUGAAGGUUUGGUAUGGUGUGACUAUUAUUAAGCUUUAGCUACUGCAGGCCUAUGAUAUGAAAGCAGUACCCCCUGUGCUCCAACUGACUCUGACAGUUUGUCAAGGUAGAUGUAGGUGGGUGUGGGUGGAAUCAGGCGCAGGACGCAGUACGUUAGUCCAACAGACUUUAGUGAUGCACAGCAAAACAAACACGAAAUAACUGCCCUGAGGCAAAAGCUCCGCACGUAGGCGAAAACACAAGCGCACAAACAGGUGCGACGAAAUACUCCAAAACUAAGGAGCAAAAUAGCUCAACCGAGCAAACAGUAAUAUUCCAGCCUACCGGCACGACAGUAAAACAAUCACACACAACACUAGACAAACACAACGAGAACUUAUAGGACACUAAUUACACUAAACGAUAACAGGUGUACAACAAUCAGACAAAAGCAAACGAACAUAGAAACAUACAACGGUGGCAGCUAGUAUUCCGGAGACGACGAACGCCGAAGCCUGCCCGAGCAAGGGAGAGAGGCAGCCUCGGCCGAAACCGUGACAGUACCCCCCCCUUGACGCGCGGCUCCAGACGUGCGCCGACUCCGGCCUCGGGGACGACCAGGAGGACGCGGAGCAGGGUGCGUCGGGUGCCCACGAUGGAAUUCCGUCAGGAGAGACGGGUCCAAAAUGUCUCUCCUCGGCACCCAUCACCGCUCCUCCGGGCCGUACCCCUCCCACUCCACUAGAUAUUGGAGACCCCCCAUCCGACGUCUCGAAUCCAAGAUGGACCGUACGGAGUACGCCGGUGCCCCCUCGAUGUCCAAUGGGGGCGGAGGAGUCUCCCUGAUCUCACUUUCUUGGAGUGGGCCAGCUACCACCGGCCUGAGAAGAGACACAUGGAACGAGGGGUUAAUACUCUUAUACUCAACAGGUAGUUGUAAUUUGUAACACACCUCGUUCAACCUUCUCAGGACUUUAAAUGGCCCUACAAACCGCCGACCCAGUUUCCGACAGGGCAGGCGGAGGGGCAGGUUUCUGGUAGAGAGCCAGACUCGAUCACCAGGUGCGUACACCGGUCCCUCACUGCGGUGGAGAUCGGCGCUCGCCUUAUGACGUCGGAGAGCCCGCUGCAGGUGGACGUGUGCAGCGUUCCAUGUCUCCUCCGAGCGCCGCGCCCACUCAUCCACCGCAGGAGCCUCGAUCUGGCUCUGCUGCCAAGGUGCCAGAACCGGCUGGUAACCUAACACACAUUGAAAAGGGGUUAGGUUAGUGGAGGAAUGGCGUAGGGAAUUCUGGGCCAUCUCGGCCCAGGGAACGUACCUUGCCCACUCCUCCGGCCGGUCCUGGCAGUAUGUUCUAAGAAACCUACCCACAUCCUGGUUCACGCUUUCCACCUGCCCAUUACUCUCCGGGUGGUAACCCGAGGUGAGGCUCACCGAGACCCCCAACCGCUCCAUAAAAGCUCUCCAGACUCUGGAGGUAAAUUGGGGACCUCGAUCAGACACAAUAUCCUCGGGUACCCCGUAGUGCCGGAACACAUGGGUGAAUAGUGCUUCGGCGGUUUGCAGGGCAGUAGGAAGGCCCGGCAUAGGGAGCAAACGACAGGCCUUAGAAAACCGGUCCACAACGACCAGUAUAGUGGUAUUCCCCUGUGAAGGAGGAAGGUCAGUGAGGAAAUCCACCGAGAGGUGAGACCAUGGUCGUUGUGGAACGGGCAGGGGUAGUAACUUACCCCUAGGCAGAUGUCUAGGCGCCUUACACUGGGCGCACACCGAGCAGGAGGAAACAUAAACCCUCACAUCCCUCGCCAACGUGGGCCACCAGUACUUGGUACUAAGACAGUGCACUGUCCGGCCGAUACCAGGGUGUCCAGAGGAGGGUGACGUGUGAGCCCAAUAGAUCAAACGAUCCCGAACCUCGAGCGGAACGUACUUCCGACCCUCCGGGCAUUGAGGUGGACUAGGGUCGGUGCGUAACGCCCGCUCGAGUUCGGCAUCGACCUCCCACACUACCGGUGCCACCAGACAAGACUCCGGCAGUAUGGGAGUGGGCUCCACGGACCUCUCCUCCGUGUCAUACCGCCGAGACAGUGCGUCUGCCUUACCGUUCUGUGACCCAGGGAUGUACGUGAUCUUAAAUGUGAAACGGGUCAAAAACAUAUUCCACCUCGCCUGGCGAGGGUUCAGCCUCCUCGCUGCCCAGAUGUACUCCAGGUUAGGGUGGUCCGUCAAAAUGAGGAAAGGGUGUUGAGCCCCCUCAAGCCAGUGCCUCCACACCUUUAGGGCCUGUACCACGGCUAACAACUCCCUGUCCCCCACGUCAUAGUUUCGCUCCGCCGGACUGAGCUUCUUGGAAUAAAAGGCACAGGGGCGGAGCUUAGGUGGCGCGCCGGACCGUUGCGACAGCACGGCUCCUAUACCGGCCUCUGACGCGUCCACCUCUACCUGAAAUGGCAAAGAGGGAUCCGGAUGCGCCAGCACCGGAGCCGAGGUAAACAGGUCCUUCAGCCUCCCAAACGCCCUGUCCGCCUCGGCUGACCACUGCAGACGCACCGGACCCCCCUUCAAAAGAGACGUUAUGGGAGCUGCCACCUGUCCAAAACCCCGGAUAAACCUCCGGUAAUAAUUCGCAAACCCCAAAAACUGCUGCACCUCCUUCACAGUAGUUGGCGUUUGCCAAUUACGCACGGCUGACACCCGGUCUACCUCCAUCUUCACCCCUGACGCAGACAACUGAUAACCCAAAAAGGAGACCGACUCCUGGAAGAACAGACACUUCUCUGCCUUGACAUACAAGUCGUGCUCCAACAGUCUCCGCAACACUCGGCGCACCAGGGCCACAUGCUCGACUCGGGUAGGUGAGUACACGAGAAUGUCAUCGAUGUACACGACCACCCCCUGCCCCUGCAUGUCCCUGAAGAUCUCAUCCACAAAUGAUUGGAAAACUGAAGGAGCGUUCAUCAACCCGUAUGGCAUGACAAGAUACUCGUAAUGGCCCGAGGUGGUACUAAAGGCCGUCUUCCAUUCAUCGCCCCCCCUAAUGCGCACCAAGUUGUACGCGCUCCUGAGAUCUAAUUUAGUGAAGAAACGCGCCCCGUGCAAUGACUCCGUCAUGGUCGCAAUCAGCGGGAGUGGAUAACUGUACUUCACCGUGAUCUGAUUGAGACCACGGUAAUCAAUGCACGGGCGUAAUCCUCCAUCCUUUUUCUUCACAAAAAAGAAACUCGAGGACGCAGGGGAAGUGGAAGGCCGUAUGUAUCCUUGUCUCAGUGAUUCGUCUAUGUACGUCUCCAUAGCUCUCUUCUCCUCCUGAGACAGAGGAUACACAUGGCUCCGUGGGAGCGCAGCUCCUGCCUGGAGGUCUAUCGCACAAUCUCCCUGCCUAUGGGGAGGCAACUGCGUCGCCCUCGACUUACUGAACACAUUAGCCAAAUCCCCAUACUCAGGGGGAACGUGCAAUGCGGGCACCUGGUUUGGACUCUCCACCGAGGUAGCCCCUAUGGAAAUGCCUAAACAUCGACCCACACACUGGGCAGACCACUCCAUCAGAGCCCUCUCCUGCCACGAAAUCGAUGGGUUAUGGGUACUCAACCAGGGCAUGCCCAGCACCACCGGAUACGCAGGCGAGUCGAUCAGAAAUAGCUGGAUCAUCUCCUGAUGACCCCCCUGCGCACACAUCCUAAGUGGCGCAGUGACCUCCCUGAUCAAGCCCGCACCCAACGGACGGCUAUCUAGGGCAUGAACGGGGAAGGGAACGUCCACAGGGAGAAGGGGAAUCCCUAAGGCUAAACAAAACUUCUUAUCAACAAAAUUCCCAGCCGUGCCUGAAUCUACCAGCGCCUUAUGCUGGGAAUGAGGUGCUACCUGUGGAAAACGCACAGAUAUACAAAAAUGUGCAACAGAGAGCUCUGGGUGAGUGGGGCGCCUACUCACCUGGAAGGACUCCCCAGUGCGGGACCUGUCGUCCUCUCCCCGAGGAGGCCAUCCCCAGCACCUAGCCGCGGUGUGUCCUCCCCGACCACAGUUGGUGCAGGAGAUGGACCCCCUCGUAAGCCGACCCCUCCUCUCUCUAGCGCCAGCGCCCCCGAGCUCCAUGGGGCACGGCUCGGAGGCGCUGGAGGGUGAAAUGGACGGACCCCCCUCGGAACGUCCGCGGGUAGCUAGCAGGGUAUCCAGCCUGAUGGACAUGUCGACCAACUGGUCGAACGAGAGGCUGGUGUCCCUACAGGCCAGCUCCCUACGGACGUCCUCGCGUAGACUACAUCUGUAGUGAUCAAUGAGAGCCCGCUCAUUCCACCCUGCAUCCGCCGCUAGGGUACGGAACUCCAAGGCAAACUCCUGGGCACUCCUCUUCCCCUGCCUGAGGCCGACCAGACGCUCCCCCGCCGCUUUCCCCUCCGGGGGAUGGUCAAACACCGCCCUGAAGCGGCGGGAGAACUCGUCGUAGGUGAUGGUGUUAGCGUCGAUCCUCCUCCACUCUGCAUUGGCCCAUUCCAACACCUUCCCAGAAAGGCAGGAGAUCAGGGCGGACACACUCUCGUGUCCCGAGGGCGCCGGGUGCACGGUGGCCAGGUAAAGCUCCACCUGGAGAAGGAAUCUCUGACACCCGGCCGCGGUCCCAUCGUAGGCCCUCGGGAGCGAGAGUCGAACUCCUCUGGGUUCCGGAGCGGGAAUAGGCUGAGUGGCCGAUGGUGCGGUUAGGGAGGAUGGCGGUGGAGGAGUCCCUCGGGUCUCCCAGCCUCGGAUGGUGGUGAUCACCUCCUGCAGUGCGGACCCCAUCCGCAGGAUCUGGUCAUCCUGCUCACGGACCCUGUCCUCCAACGUCGCCUGUGCUGCUGCGGCUCCUGCUGAUUCCAUCGAGAAAGGUGUGUGAUUCUGUCAAGGUAGAUGUAGGUGGGUGUGGGUGGAAUCAGGCGCAGGACGCAGUACGUUAGUCCAACAGACUUUAGUGAUGCACAGCAAAACAAACACGAAAUAACUGCCCUGAGGCAAAAGCUCCGCACGUAGGCGAAAACACAAGCGCACAAACAGGUGCGACGAAAUACUCCAAAACUAAGGAGCAAAAUAGCUCAACCGAGCAAACAGUAAUAUUCCAGCCUACCGGCACGACAGUAAAACAAUCACACACAACACUAGACAAACACAACGAGAACUUAUAGGACACUAAUUACACUAAACGAUAACAGGUGUACAACAAUCAGACAAAAGCAAACAAACAUAGAAACAUACAACGGUGGCAGCUAGUAUUCCGGAGACGACGAACGCCGAAGCCUGCCCGAGCAAGGGAGAGAGGCAGCCUCGGCCGAAACCGUGACACAGUUGAACUUGAGGUGAGGAGGACUGUUUCAGGCCCACCAGAAUUACUCCUAUAAUCUUACAAUAUAAUGCUUAUCUUUAUACAAAAUAUUCAGAUCGAAAAUGGAACGAGUUACCCUCCUUCUCUACGUAUAUACAGUGGGGAAAAAAAGUAUUUAGUCAGCCACCAAUUGUGCAAGUUCUCCCACUUAAAAAGAUGAGAGAGGCCUGUAAUUUUCAUCAUAGGUACACGUCAACCAUGACAGACAAAAUGAGGAAAAAAAAUCCAGAAAAUCACAUUGUAGGAUUUUUAAUGAAUUUAUUUGCAAAUUAUGGUGGAAAAUAAGUAUUUGGUCAAUAACAAAAGUUUUUCAAUACUUUGUUAUAUACCCUUUGUUGGCAAUGACACAGGUCAAACUUUUUCUGUAAGUCUUCACAAGGUUUUCACACACUGUUGCUGGUAUUUUGGCCAUUCCUCCAUGCAGAUCUCCUCUAGAGCAGUGAUGUUUUGGGGCUGUCGCUGGGCAACACAGACUUUCAACUCCCUCCAAAGAUUUUCUAUGGGGUUGAGAUCUGGAGACUGGCUAGGCCACUCCAGGACCUUGAAAUGCUUCUUACGAAGCCACUCCUUCGUUGCCCGGGCGGUGUGUUUGGGAUCAUUGUCAUGCCAAAAGACCCAGCCACGUUUCGUCUUCAAUGCCCUUGCUGAUGGAAGGAGGUUUUCACUCAAAAUCUCACGAUACAUGGCCCCAUUAAUUAUUUCCUUUACACGGAUCAGUCGUCCUGGUCCCUUUGCAGAAAAAUAGCCCCAAAGCAUGAUGUUUCCACCCCCAUGCUUCACAGUAGGUAUGGUGUUCUUUGGAUGCAACUCAGCAUUCUUUGUCCUCCAAACACGACGAGUUGAGUUUUUACCAAAAAGUUCUAUUUUGACCAUAUGACAUUCUCCCAAUCCUCUUCUGGAUCAUCCAAAUGCACUCUAGCAAACUUCAGACGGGCCUGGACAUGUACUGGCUUAAGCAGGGGGACACGUCUGGCACUGCAGGAUUUGAGUCCCUGGCGGCGUAGUGUGUUACUGAUGGUAGGCUUUGUUACUUUGGUCCCAGCUCUCUGCAGGUCAUUCACUAGGUCCCCCCGUGUGGUUCUGGGAUUUUUGCUCACCGUUCUUGUGAUCAUUUUGACCCCACGGGGUGAGAUCUUGCGUGGAGCCCCAGAUCGAGGGAGAUUAUCAGUGGUCUUGUAUGUCUUCCAUUUCCUAAUAAUUGCUCCCACAGUUGAUUUCUUCAAACCAAGCUGCUUACCUAUUGCAGAUUCAGUCUUCCCAGCCUGGUGCAGGUCUACAAUUUUGUUUCUGGUGUCAUUUGACAGCUCUUUGGUCUUGGCCAUAGUGGAGUUUGGAGUGUGACUGUUUGAGGUUGUGGACAGGUGUCUUUUAUACUGAUAACAAGUUCAAACAGGUGCCAUUAAUACAGGUAAUGAGUGGAGGACAGAGGAGCCUCUUAAAGAAGAAGAUACAGGUCUGUGAGAGCCAGAAAUCUUGCUUGUUUGUAGGUGACCAAAUACUUAUUUUCCACCAUAAUUUGCAAAUAAAUUCAUAAAAAAUCCUACAAUGUGAUUUUCUGGAGAAAAAAAAUCUCAAUUUGUCUGUCAUAGUUGACGUGUACCUAUGAUGAAAAUUACAGGCCUCUCUCAUCUUUUUAAGUGGGAGAACUUGCACAAUUGGUGGCUGACUAAAUACUUUUUUCCCCCACUGUAUGUAUCUGUAUAGCAGACGCAGUUGCCAUCUGACAUAAAGAAAUACAUGUCGGUGUCGUAGCUUGCCACCGGGAUAUCUCUGUCUCUCUGGGGUUAGGUAUUUUGCUUCUGUUCCUUUAUAUAUAUGAAUAUCAUCAUACAGUGGACACCUAAGCCUAUAGGUCUUUGCAUGCAAUGCCCUGAUACAUUUAGUGCUCAAAUCUCUGACAGCUGAAAUGUGAGGUGGACAAUUAUUGUUUUAGGAAAGUAGCCUAAAAUCCCCUGUCAUGUUGUCCGGUGCCAAAUUUUCCCAAAGGAAACUCUGAAAUGGCAUAUUGUUUUUAUGAAGAUUUUAGAAUAUUCACAUAAAAUUCUGUCACCAAUUGGGUGGAAACCUAGCUAUAGACACCCUAAAGACUCUGGCAAGUGUGCAAGUCCAGUGUCACUUUGAUUAUUCCUGCACAUCAUGGUUCACCAGCAGCCCCAAACAUCUAAAGAAUAAGCUACCAGCCAAACAAGCUUAUAAGAAUUGUACUUAAACUCCCCCCUCAUACUCAUCUGGAGGUUAAGCAUUUUCGGAGCUAAUAUUUUUCCUUCAGAUUUCACAGUUGUCUUGAAAGCUGCGUUCAUAACCAAGUGGGAAGGUGGUAAUUACCAGUUGUGAAGUCGUAAAUACCAGUUGGAUGCAUUCACGUGCUUUGAACUCAUUGAGAAAUGCUGAUUGGCUAAUGGCCAACAAACUGCAUCAACCAUAAACUAAAAAUACAGCUAUCAUGCUUGUCAACAAAUUAUAGUGUUAAAAAACAUAUGAAUAGAUUGUUUUUUAUAAGCAAUGUUCUGUUGUUGCAUUUAACUGCCGGAAAUGCUGUUAUCAAGGUAAUUUCCUUAGUAGGUGACGCUCAGGGAUGAUAUGAGUUUCCCACUAUUAAUUACCAGUUGGAGGGGCUUUCGAGUGGAUUUUUCCCAGUCGUAUGUGGGAAAUACCACAUUCCCACUUGGUUAUGAAAGCAGCAUAAAGCACUGAAGUCGGAUGUCGGAGAUUUCCGAGUUCCCAGGUGUCUUAAACACAGCUUAAGUCUGGUAACGCAGUGUGAUGACAUCAUGACAUGGCGUCUUGGCGACGUCAAAAAUGUUUUGAGAUUUACAUCGUGCUGUAGAAGGAAGGAUAGAUGGCGGAAGUGGAUGCAGAGUUCGAAUCAAGCAGCACGUCGAGCAAAGUUGGUGAAGACGAAUGUUCUGAAUGGACAACAGUAGUAUCGAAAACUGGAACAAAAAGGAAAUUGUCUAAAAUUGGAUUGGAGGAUACGUGUAUGAAUGAUAAUGAAUCGCUUCUUGUUGGGAUGCGGUUGUUGAGUAAGGAGCCUCAAAAGAAUCCGGACAACAGAAGUUUUGUGUUUUGAACUUUGGAGUAGAGCACCCGUCAAAGGAGUCAUCUCAGGGGUGAUGACGGAUGUUAAGGUUGAAUACCUGAAGAGAAUUCCUGGUGUGGUUGGUGAACGGCGUCUGACCCGCUUUGGAGAUACCCGCUGUUUUGUUCCGGAACCUAUUUGACCAGAUCCGAUACCUGUCCUGGCAUGAAAAAUAAUUGACACUUUUUGCAAUGUAAAAAUUCUAAUAAAAGUGAUCAAAGUUCAUUCGAGAUACCUCUUCAUUAAUUCUCCUGCCCCCACAAAAAAAUGUAAUGUGAAAAAGUAGAUUUUAAGCCUGGGUUUAUGGUUUGCGCUACAUUGUAACCUACUGUAUGUCUGAGACCAACGGGUGACCGGGGCGUGAGAAGUGUGCCAAUAUCUCUCACAUAACUAGAAUGAGAUUCCCUUUCUAUGAUCUCUCUCCCUCUCUGCUCUGAUAGACAUGAGCCUGCAACUCUCAUCUCUCCAGCGUUGCACUUCAUCAUUUAUUUCCUUAUAUAAUCAUAGCUACGCGAAAGGUUCUGGAUGAUCUGCAGCACCCCUGAUAAAUUGAAAUACAAAGUUAUAGAAUUACUGCUGUCUGUUUAGAAAUAAAUGAAAUCAUUCAGAAUAGCCUACUACACCAUGAGAAGGCCUAUAAUUUAGCCACAGAGGAUCAAUAGCUUAUUUUUAAAAACAGCCUAGCUGUGGAUUUUAGCCCAAUAACAAGGAAUAGCCUACAGUCUGGAACACGCUGUAAAUCUGUCAGUGAAAAAACAGCACGCAGACAAAUACAAUCGAGGGAAAACACUGGUUGGAAAGCAAUGGCUCCUGCUGAAAAGAGAAGACUAUGCUGUAGGCUACCAAAAUAUUUGAUCAACUUCCAAAUAUUGUUUUUACAAAAGAGAGAGAGAGAUAGGCUUUUGGCACGAGCACAUCGACAAUCACCAGCGAGUGAGCUGCGCAUCAUUGGGUAAGUCAGUGAAACUGGAAAGCAUUUUUAGGACUAUCAUUUCCUCCCAAUAUUGUAGCCUACAAUAUGUGUCUCCACACACCUAGGCCUAGGCUAUUAAUGGAUUCAAGACAAGGUUAUUUUUAUUGAUCUCAAUUUGUCAGUGUCAAAGUAGCCUGCCAUUUCGAUCAUUUGUGCGGUAUUAAAAAAGAUUCUGCCAAAGUCUCCAGUCAUUUAAAAUUUGAUUUGAUUUGCAUGAAAUCCGUUUAUAAAAGGCCCAACAUUUUUCGGACCCUAGGCUACUAAAAAUGUUCCCAAUGUGUGCAUCUUCUGUAAGUGUCUCUACUCUACUCUGUGCCACUACACAAAUGUGAUGAUAUGCAUGCAAUGCUUUAUUAUAAAGGUGAUUUUCUUUUUCUCAUGCGUUCCUAUACCUCAGAACUCCCCAGGUCACCCCCCUCUAGCGCACACUUUUUGUUCCGGCACCUCCCUAUUAACAAAUUAAGCACUGCUUAUUGCCAUUAGCCCAUAGAAACGCAUUAAAUAACAUAUUCAUACAUGGCAAAACAGAUUGUAAAAAAAAAAGUCAAAAGGAAGUAUGUUUUGAAGUGUCUGAGAGAUAUAAGAAAUCACAGGAAAUCAUUAUUAUACUUUGUUUUUACCCAUAUUUACCCUCUUUUUUUGUUGGCACUAAACUUCCAUACUUCCAUUCAUUUUUAAAACUGGUAUGGGGUUACCGUCAGACGAGUCUUGUGAGUUUUGUGGGUGUUAUAGAGUGUGUUCGUGAGACUCUCUGCUUUCGAUGAUGGGGUCAUAGUAGUUUAUAGCCCAAACCGUUCACUACAGACAGAAGUUGACACAUCAGUGGUACCGACUUCAGACGAGUCCAGUGAAGCUUGUGGGGGUCAUAGAGCAAAAACAACUGACAUGUAACCUUUGCUACAGAGGUUUUAGAGAGAAGAUCGAUUUCUGGGAUAUCUCCUGGUCUGCCAAACACAGCUACAGCUCUGACACCUUCCACCACAGAUGUGGAAGGCCGACAUCGGUGGAUGUGGUGGAUUGAGACGCAGCCCAUGCAAAAAACAGAUACAGUAUCUCUAGUUUAAACAGUCAAAUGUUGAUGAGGAUUUUGUUAUGUUAAUUAGAUUCCCACGUGCGAGCCGACAUUGACUCUAGCGGGUUAAGAGAGGAAUCCUGACUUGAGACGCACCCACAAAAUUCUUCCUCAAACUUCAGCACACAUCUUGUACUGAUAUCAGUGCAUGAUUUCUGCUAAAUGUAGCCCAGAGGCCGGCAGAUGGCGAUAUUGACUAAUUUCAGGGUGUCGAUUUCCUCCUUUCCUCCAAAAUGCAUAAAACCGGCUGUAUUUCUGUAUUUUUAAUGUGCUAUGUCUUGAAAAUUGUAUUGCUAACAUGCAAAUCAUUUUGGGACUAUAUCAACAAUGGACUAAUUAAACAAAUACCAAAAUAUACACUAUAGAUACAAAAGUAUGUGGACACCCUUUCAAAUUAGUGGAUUCGGCUAUUUCAGCCACACCCGUUGCUGACUGGUGUAUAAAAUCAAGCAAACUGCCAUGCAAUCUCCAUAGACAAACAUUGGCAGUAGAAUGGCCUUACUGAAAAGUUCAGCGACUUUCAAUGUGGCACAGUCAUUGGAUGUCACCUUUCCAACAAGUCAGUUUGUCAAAUUUCUGCCCUGCUAGAGCUGCCCCCGGUCAACUGUAAGUGCUGUUAUUGUGAAGUGAAAACGUCUAGGAGCAACAACAGCUCAGCCGAGAAGUGGUAUGAGUGCUGAAGCGCUUAGUGCGUAAAAAUCGACUGUCCUCGGUUGCAACAUUAACUACUGAGUUCCAAACUACCUCUGGAUGCAACGUCAGCACAAGAACUGUUGGUCGGAAGCUUUAUGAAAUGGGUUUCCAUGGCCGAGCAGCCGCACACAAGCCUAAUAUCACCAUGCGCAAUGCCAAGCGUCGGCUGGAGUGGUGUAAAGCUCGCAGCAGUGGAAAUGCGUUCUCUGAGUGAUGAAUCAAGCUUCACCAUCUGGCAGCCCGACGGACGAAUCUGGGUUUGGCGGAUGCCAGGAGAACGCUACCUGCCCCAAUGCAUAGUGCCAAAUGAAAAGUUUGGUAGAGGAGGAAUAAUGGUCUGAGGUUGUUUUUCAUGGUUCGGGCUAGGCCCCUUAGUUCCAGUGAAGGGAAAUCUUAACGCUACAGCAUACAAUGACAUUCUAGACGAUUCUGUGCUUCCAACUUUGUGGCAACAAUUUGGGGAAGGCCCUUUCCUGUUUCAGCAUGACAAUGCCCCCGUGCACAAAGCGAGGUCCAUACCGAAAUGGUUUGUCGAGAUUGGUGUGGAAGAACAUGACUGGCCUGCAUAGAGCCCUGACCUCAACCCCAUCGAACACCUUUGGGAUGAAAUGGAAUGCAGACUGCGAGCCAGUCCUAAUCGCUCAACAUCAGUGCCCUACCUCACUAAUGCUCUUGUGGCUGAAUGGAAGCAAGUCCCCGCAGCAAUGUUACAACAUCUAGUGGAAAGCCUUCCCAGAAGAGUGGAGGCUGUUAUAGCAGCAAUGGGGGGACCAACUCCAUAUUAAUGCCCCUAAUGAUUUUGGAACGAUAUUUUAGACGAGCAGGUGUCCACAUACUUUUGGUCCCGUGUAGCUCAGUUGGUAGAGCAUUGCAUUUGCAACGCCAGGGUUGUGGGUUCGAUUCCCAUGGGGGGCCAGUAUGAAAAAAAAAUGUAUGCACUCACUAACUGUAAGUCGCUCUGGAUAAGAGCGUCUGCUAAAAUGACUAAAAUGUAAAUGUAGUGUAGUUCACUUUCAGUCAGUCAACUUCGGUAUAACAUACUAUGGGGAGUCGCACUCUAGCGACUUUGGUUGAAGGAUCUACAAUCAUGCCUAACAAGGCCAAUGAAAUCCGCGCCUCACUGGAAGCCCCGCCUUCCACAGGUUGGAUUCAUUCCUUCAAUUAUUCCACUCUUCACUUUGGUGUGAACAGGAACGAUUUCACGCUACUAAAACAAACAUUUGGAAAACGAGACUGUCUUACAUUGUGCCAACUAAACUGUCCCAUAGAGGUAGAGCGUGCUCACACUAUGGACUUUGUGUGCUGAAGGUUGUACUUGUUCUCAUAAGUUUUCUAAUCACAAACAAUUUGUUAUUCUUUAAUUUACUGAUGCAAUGAGUAAGAUGGCUAAGAAAACAACUGAGAUGACGAUGGCUAAGCCGGGUUCGGGGUCGAGAUCAUUCCCCCAGUCAUGCAGUUAUAGCAUUUCUCUGAAAGAUACUCAUGAUCUAUGAGUAGUUUGUCUCGGCUUGGAGAACGCGAGUCUGUGUGCGCAUUGCCACGUACUACAGUGAGGGAAAAAAGUAUUUGAUCCCCUGCUGAUUUUGUAUGCAUGCCCACUGACAAAGAAGUGAUCAGUCUAUAAUUUUAAUGGUAGGUUUAUUUGAACAGUGAGAGACAGAAUAACAACAAAAAAAUCCAGAAAAACGCAUGUCUAAAAUUUUAUAAAUUGAUUUGCAUUUUAAUGAGGGAAAUAAGUAUUUGACCCCCCUCUCAAUCAGAAAGAUAUCUGGCUCCCAGGUGUCUUUUAUACAGGUAACGAGCUGAGAUUAGGAGCAUACUCUUAAAGGGAGUGCUCCAAAUCUCAGUUUGUUACAUGUAUAAAACACACCGGUCCACAGAAGCAAUCAAUCAAUCAGAUUCCAAACUCUCCACCAAGGCCAGGACCAAAGAGCUCUCCAAGGAUGUCAGGGACAAGAUUGUAGACCUACACAAGGCUGGAAUGGGCUACAAGACCAUCGCCAAGCAGCUUGGUGAGAAGGUGAUAACAGUUGGUGCGAUUUAUUCGCAAAUGGAAGAAACACAAAAUAACUGUCAAUAUCCCUCGGCCUGGGGCUCCAUGCAAGAUCUCACCUCGUGGAGUUGCAAUGAUCAUGAGAACGGUGAGGAAUCAGCCCAGAACUACACGGGAGGAUCUUGUCAAUGAUCUCAAGGCAGCUGGGACCAUAGUCACCAAGAAAACAAUUGGUAAUACACUACGCCGUGAAGGACUGAAAUCCUGCAGCGCCCGCAAGGUCCCCAUGCUCAAGAAAGCACAUAUACAUGCCCGUCUGAAGUUUGCCAAUGAACAUCUGAAUGAUUCAGAGGAGAACUGGGUGAAAGUGUUGUGGUCAGAUGAGACCAAAAUGGAGCUCUUUGGCAUCAACUCAACUCGCCGUGUUUGGAGGAGGAGGAAUGCUGCCUAUGACCCCAAGAACACCAUCCCCACCGUCAAAUAUGGAGGUGGAAACAUUAUGCUUUGGGGGUGUUUUUCUGCUAAGGGGACAGGACAACUUCACCGCAUCAAAGGGACGAUGGACGGGGCCAUGUACCGUCAAAUCUUGGGUGAGAACCUCCUUCCCUCAGCCAGGGCAUUGAAAAUGGGUCAUGGAUGGGUAUUCCAGCAUGACAAUGACCCAAAACACACGGCCAAGGCAACAAAGGAGUGGCUCAAGAAGAGGCACAUUAAGGUCCUGGAGUGGCCUAGCCAGUCUCCAGACCUUAAUCCCAUUGAAAAUCUGUGGAGGGAGCUGAAGGUUCGAGUUGCCAAACAUCAGCCUCGAAACCUUAAUGACUUGGAGAAGAUCUGCAAAGAGGAGUGGGACAAAAUCCCUCCUGAGAUGUGUGCAAACCUGGUGGCCAACUACAUGAAAUGUAUGACCUCUGUGAUUGCCAACAAGGGUUUUGCCACCAAGUACUAAGUCAUGUUUUGCAGAGGGGUCAAAUACUUAUUUCCCUCAUUAAAAUGUUAAUCAAUUUGUAACAUUUUUUACAUGAAUUUUUCUGGAUUUUUUUGUUGUUAUUCUGUCUCUCACUGUUCAAAUAAACCUACCAUUAAAAUUAUAGACUGAUCAUUUCUUUGUCAGUGGGCAAACGUACAAACUCAGCAGGGGAUCAAAUACUUUUUUCCCUCACUGUACAUACAAACUCCCUGGAAAGAUGUGUAGCAUUCUUGAGGAAGCUUGGAAUUAACGAUGGCAACUUUCCUUUCCCGGAUACCGGUACCUCGGCUGGGACUGAAGUGCAGGAAGCGGAGAUGGAUUGGGUGGUGGAAGCAAAUGUAUUACUGCCUGGGCGUGGGGUAUGCUUUGGCUGCAUGUGCUCAACCUGGUGUGCUGUCGCCAGUUAUGGGAGGCUACUCAAAGAGAGAGGGUGGCCAGGUUCGGUGGGUACCCCCUGCCACCUGUGUCUGCCUUUCUUCCCAGACGUAUUAUUGAUGAUCCGGUCCUACGUGGACUUUCGAGACCAGGCUAUCUAAAUGAGCGCUACACAGUGUGCUAGCCAGAUUAGCUAACUUGGCGAGCUAGCUAUUACUAGCUAUUGCUGCCUCCCCACAGUGGAGUUGCUGGGUAGCUAUCUUGUUUAUUAUACGUAGCGUUAAGUGGCUUAGUUAUUCUAUACGCACUGUGCUGUGGCCAAAGAGCCUAGCUAGCCUAGAUUAUGCUAAAAAGUCUCCUAGCUAACGUUGGCUAGCAUGCUUCCGGGAGUGAAACUUACUAGCUUUCCCCCGGUGUUAUGGCAACCCCAUUCCUGUUUUCAGUUCCUGGGGUUGGAGGGAGUGAAGGAGUGACCAGUGCACCCCUCCACAAAAACAUUACUGUGACGGGAUACUACAUCAGUCAUUGCCAGAGCCCCCUGUGGCCGUAAAGGGCAGGCUAUACAGUCUCACGGAAGCACAACGUACACUGAGUAUACCAAACAUAAGGAGCACCUUCCUAAUAUUGAGUUGCACCCCCCCUUGUUCUCACUCUUAUCCUGUCUCCACUCAAUGAAGGAAGGUUGUAUGAUCAAUUCUCAUUUCCUAGGCUUCUAGGCCUCUGGCCUAGUAUACAUCUCUUUGUUCAUGCUUUGUCCUGUAAGUUAACGUUAGGACCUAUAUGCUUGGAAUAAUGCCUUGUAAUGCUUGAUAAUGCUUGUAACUUAAGCUUUAUACCUUGUAUGUGAUUGCUUAAUAGGUUAAUUGCUUAGUCUUAUUACAAGUCACAUGUGAGGCAUAUAUAAUAUACUGUGUAUACACAUAUCAAAUAUUAUUUACCACUACAGUAGUUACUCCACAAUACUAACCUAAUUAACAGAGUGAAAAGAAGGAAGCCUGUACAGAAUAAAACUAUUCCAAAACAUGCAUCCUAUUUGCAACAAGGCACUAAAGUAAUACUGCAAAAAAUGUGGCAAAGCAAUACACUUUUUGUCCUGAAUAUAAAGUGUUUUGGAUUUGCCCCAAACAUUACACCACAUUACUGAGUACCACUCUCCAUAUUGUCAAGCAUAGUGGUGGCUGCAUCAUGUUAUGGGUAUGCUUGUAAUCGGUAAGGACUGGGGAGUUUUUCAGGAUAAAAAUUAAACGGAAUGGAGCUAAGCACAUGCAAAAUCGUAGAGGAAAACCUGGUUCAGUCUGCUUUCCACCAGAUACUGGGAGAUCUUACCCAGAAAGACUCAAAGCUGUAAUCGCUGCCAAAGUUGCUUCUACAAAGGAUUGACUCAGGGGUGUGAAUACUUAUGUAAAUGAGAUAUUUCUGUGGUUCAUUUUCAAUAAAUUAGCAAAAAUGUAUACAAACAUGUUUUCACAUUGUCAUGAUGGGGUAUUGUGUGUAGAUGGGUAAGGAAGAAAAAAAUAUCAUCCAUUUUGAAUUCAGGCUGUAACAACAAAAUGUGGAAUAUGUCAAGGGGUAUGAAUACUUUCUGAAGGCACUGUAGCUUCCAGACAUAGAUCAGCAUUCAGACUACUGUACUAUACAAACAGAGAGACAGACAGACUGACAGACAGACAGUGUACAGCAUUUACACACCGUUGUGGGCGUAUUGGAGAGCUGGACUGCUCAACUCCUUGAGAAUGACUUUGUUCGAAAAUAAUUGGAUCACUAAAAACCAAAUGGACUCUCCAGGUGUUUCUCUGUUGUGUGGGUAAUGAAAAGAGAAAUGAACAGAGGUUAGAAUCUUUUCUCCCAUGCUUCUAGUGCAGGGGUGUGCACUAGAAGCCAAGUGUGAGCAGCUACUUAGUAGUGGGUACGCUAGUCAAAGAGACGUAUAUGUCCAGAGUAUCUGUAGUCAUUCUAUAGAUUUUAACUGGCUACAGAGAGAGAUAUUUAACUGGGUCCUGAGCAGUAACGGUGCAUGGGUAAAAUCACUGGGAAGCCAAACCAGAAAAAAAGAGCCAUACUACAACCUAUGUGGUGAUAAAUUCGUUGUUUGCUCUAUAACCUGUUAGUUCAUAUGUCAUAGCCAAUAAGAAAACACAAUGGCAGAAUAAAUUCAACCACACCAAUGUUUCAUCACAAAACCAGAACGCAACGUCUGUCCGGUGACGUCUACAAAGCAUAUUGCAUGUAACAAACAGUUACAUGACCAACAGCAUGGUCAAGCAAGUUAAUGUUUCCGACAUUUUCGGACUACUAAACAACUAUUGAUUUACAACCACAGAGUUACCGCAAGUCGCAAAGAAAACAGGAGCUGCCUCCACUAUUCCAGCACCAUUUCAACUUUAACAUUUCAACAUAUUACCUUUACUUAGUCUAAUACAGUGACAACUAAAAGAUGCCAAAAACAAUUUAGUCCAAUCAACGUAAGCUAAAUAUUAUGUGGCUGUCCAUGGUACUGAUUUCUGUGUGUGCGCGUGCAAGUAACAUGUUGACUCAUCCUACUUGUAGAGAAACGCCAAUACCAUCCGCCUCUCUUUCAUGUUGCCGAAACGGUGUAUGACUCUGCCAUACCGUACACGCUUUUAGUUUUUGUUGUCCUAUGCUACCUGGCUAAAAUGCUUGGUCGCUAGCCUAACUUCCUUUCAUGGGCAACGAUGAGCCAGCUAGUUAACAUUAGCCUACUACAUUUAGCUACAUAUUGAACUUCCAUCCUCUCAGGCAAGGAGCACAAUGUAUGGAUUUAUGGUUGGAUCAGAAUCGCCAUUAUAAUCAUUGGCCAGUAUGGAGAAUUAAGUAAAACCACAAGUCCAAAUCCAUAUCGCCAUCCAUGGCUAAUUUAGGAGAAGGACAAUUUUUGCUAGCUAGCUAGCCACCUGAGGACAACAACACAACGAUAUGUGAUGUGAUUGGUAUGAAGCCAAAUCCAAACUGGCUUCCCUUCACACUUUAUUUAUUAGUCCCGUGUAGCUCAGUUGGUAGAGCAUGGCGCUUGCAACGCCAGGGUUGUGGGUUCGUUUCCCACGGGGGGCCUUUAUGAAAAAAAUAAACAUGUAUGCACUCACUAACUGUAAGUUGCUCUGGAUAAGAGCGUCUGCUAAAUGACUAAAAUGUAAAUGUAUUUGGUUGCACCAGGACCAUUCACAGUUUCGCUCACUCAGUUUUGCUCAACACUGUUUUGCUAUUUUAUUUUAUUUUUUUAUCAAGGGAGGCCAAAUGCUCACUGGCUUCCCUUGCAUUCAAUGCUACGGGUGGCAACAAUGUCAUCCUCUUUUUGACCAGACAGCAUCAGAUAGAUGGAAUACACAUACAGAGACAGAGGGGCGCUGUUUCGCUCGCUUGGAUGCUUUCUCCGGUGAGAUACAUUCAGCCUCUUGCGAGGGGUCACCUCGCUUCCCUUGGCAUCCCUGAAUACGCGCUACUGGUCCUGAUAGAGAGACUUAAGAGGGAUAGUCAUUGUGUUGAAUAUGUUCUGCACCAUUAGUCUGGAGAAUACAGAGAGUAUUAAUACAGGACACACACACGGGAGGAGUGUUUCGCUGUGGACCCCAGCAGCAGUAGUUAUCACAGAGGAGGUUUGGUAGAGAGAGGUAGUACCUUCCUGGUUCUCUAACUCUGGGCGGCAGAGACUCAGACUAAAACAAAUAGUCAUUAAUCUAAAUACGGUGUUUAAUCUAAGUGCACUUUUUGCUGGCGCAACAGUCAAGUGGUUGACCUGAACACACAAGGACGAAUCCAUAUGUCUCUGUUAACUGUCUUAUAUUCAUACUGGGUGUUUUUCUCUGUUUCAGGAUGAAGAAAGCCAAGCAGACCAACUAG